ACAAAAAAUGCGGCGGAGCUUUGCGCUCUCCUAGUCAGUGAUCUCUACGGCGAGCUUCCUUCGCGAAUCCUCGCCGCGCUCUUUACCAAGGGCCGAUCCACCAUCGCGCAGCUCGGGCUCUACACGCAGCUCGGCCCUCGCCAGAUUCGCAAUGGCUUGGGCGUCCUCAUCCAGCAGAAUCUUCUAUACCACCACACAAACCCCGAUACCAAGCGCACCACGUACGAUGCCAAUCCCGACGCGUGCUACAAUCUCGUCCGAUUUGGCAAGAUUUUGGAGAUGAUCGAGAGCCAAUAUGGGACGGCGGAGCGCGAUCUCGUUCAGACACUGCUGCUUCUUGGAUAUGCGCGAAUCGCCGAGCUGACUCACGCCUACGUGUCCCGCGCCCCGACGUCCAACGGGCACGCCAACGGCAAUGGGGUGAACGGGGCCGGCUCUGGCCUGAUUCAAUCCGAAUCCGAACUGCACAGCGUGCUGAGCCAUCUGAUCCGAUGCGACAUCAUCGAGACUGUUCGGCCGCAGUCAUUCCGCGACCCUAACGACGUUUACCGCGAGAUCGAAGCCGAGGUCACCAAGACGGCGCCCGGCGAGAAGGCAUCCAAGACGAAGAUAGAUCAGCAACGACAGAUUAUGGAGCAGUAUCGAUCGUUUAUAGAGCAGCCCAAGGCAUUGAAGAGGCAGCUUGACCAGUUUGGGGGACCAGUAACGAAGCGACGGAAGCUCGGGAAUGGAUUCGGCGAAGAGGAUAGAGCGAUGGAUGACGAUUUGCCGCCUCUUAAUCCCAACGUGGUCGUCAGGGUCAACUACGAGAAAUGCCUGGUGGAGCUGCGCAGCCACCGUCUGGCCGCCUUCGCCAAGGACACUCUGGGCGAAGUUACCGGCGAAGUGUAUCGCACGCUGUUGGGCCUCCUGACUUCAGAAGUGUCGAGGUGCCGGCCCGAUCCUUUCCUGGGCGAGGAUUCGAUUCAGCAACAAGCUGCGGCCACGACGAUGGACGUCUACGAGCAUCUCGACGAGAGUAUCAAUGUCGCGGCAGGGAUAGGCAAGGCGCCAAAGGACAAGAUCGAUUAUCAAAGCGCAGAGAAGAUUAGGACGGCGCCCGCCGGAAACGACAUGAUCACCGAGGACUCGGAUGAGGAGCCAUCGGGACCAUUCGACAGCGAUGACGAUUCGGACGAAGGGGGUAAGGUCGGGAGCUUCUCGCGAAGAUCUCGGUCUGUUUCCAAGCCCAAUGGAGGCCGACCGAUGAAGGUGACAUUUGAAGACACAGCGACAUCGUCCGAUAAUCGCCUGGAUCAGAUGCGCCAGCAUCUCUUGCUGUUAGCAGAGAGUAAGCAUCGCUUCGUUCGCCACUGCGGUACGCAGGGCCGCGGGCAGUGGACGGUGGAUUUCGACCAGGUGAUGGAGCGUCUUCGUGAGUUAGAGCUGGAUGGUUUCAUUGAACAGUCGUUUGGAAGGCACGGGCUUCGCCUCACUCGCAUACUGCGCGAGAAGGGCAAGCUGGACGAGAAGAUGCUGCCCUCUGCGGCGCUGAUGAAGAAGACGGACGUGCAGGCCAAGAUGCUUGCGAUGCAGAUGGCCGGGUUGGUGGACAUUCAGGAGGUUCCCAAGGACAACACCAGACUGGCCAACCGGACGCUCUUCUUCUGGUUCUUUGACCGGGAACGAUACCAGGCGCACAUCCUGGACGACCUGUACAAGGCCAUGGUGCGCGCCUUGCAGGUGCUGCAGGUGGAGAGACAUCGAGAACGCAACAUUCUGUCGUUUGUGGAGAGAAAGGACGUCAUGGGAAAGGAGGAAGAAGUGAUGACGGCGGAGCAUUACAACAAGUACAACCGGCACCUGGAGGAGCAGAAUAAGCUCAUUGGACAGGUGAUGAGACUGGACGAGAUGGUGUCUAUAUUCCGGGACUACUAG